AUGGCCUCUCAGGGCACUGAAACUGCCAAUGAAACGCAUUUGACGACGCGCCAGACCUCGACAAUGCACUGGCACGUCUGGCGAACUGAGGUGGAGCGACUGCGACGACUGGUCAAGGAGCCGGCGCUCAAGUGGCCGAAGCUGUUGGUGCUCGACCUCAACGGAUUGUUGGUUUGGCGGACGCCGUUGCGACCUCGCCCCGGGCAACGCGAUGGUCCCAUCGGGGCUUGCUAUCAACGGCAGCCGGAUGUGGUGACUAAGCGUUUCUGCAUUUGGCGCCGACCUGGAGCGGUAUCCUUUAUGCGGUACGUUUUGGCUUGGUUCCACGUCGGGAUAUGGUCGACCGCCCAGCUGCCGAACGUGGAGGAUAUUUUGGCAACGCUUCUCACAGCAGAGCAAAGACGUGAGCUGGUAUUCGUUAUGGACCAAAAAGACUGCACCAAGGUCAGCCGGGCGUAUGCCCCGGGCUCUUCCAGCAAACCGCUGAUGUUGAAGGACCUGGAACGCCUGUGGAGUCGAUAUCAGGGUUUCUACCAUAUGGAUAACACGUUGCUCAUCGACGAUGAUCCCUACAAAGCGAGCGUCAACCCAGUAUAUACGAGCGUGCACCCGUCUCCAUGGAAAGAUCCCGAUGUGCAGGGCACGGACACGUUUCUGUGCGAAGGGGGACGCUUUCGUGCGUUUCUGGAAGCGCUGCUCCACCAUGACGGCAGCGUACGUACGUUCGUCGCCAACCAGCAGAUCAUACCCGUAGAGCAAACGAGCAACGAUGAUGAACGAGGCGCUACCAAUGAUGCCCAGCUGCUGAGCGAUACCGGUGCAGUGAGCACAAGUCUCGGUUCCAGAGCUGGGUUCGAUCAGGAGCUGAGCACUGCCGAUCCCAACCGAUCGACUGGUGCCCAGUCUGUGACGGCAAAGUGUUUCGUGGGCGCACCAGCAUGCGCACAUGAUGGUGAAUCGAAGACCAGUGAGCCAAGCGCUCGGGAUGAUAUCCUUUCAACGUCAACGGGAUUGGACGGCCCCGAGAAAGACGCACCCGCCAAAACAGCGUCCAUGGAUGCACUGGUGCCCUCGUUUUCGAAUGAGCUUUCACGAUUGCGUAUCCAUGACAAAAAUGAGGAUGUUGGGGAUGAUACACGAAUUCAUGCGCAAGCGAAUGGGCUAGCGGCAUGCUCGUGCUCGAUGCCAUCGGUCUCGAGUACACCAGCGGAUGCCGAUAAAACCAGCCGGCGUGACUCUGGGGAGACUUCACCAAACGCUGGAGCAGCGUCGCGCUAG